AGUUGGCCCGGAAGACGGCGUGAGCGCCUUCAAAAGUGUUGGGGCGCCUGCGCCGGAAGGAACGGGCUGAUUAAAGGUGACUUUUCAGCUUGGGUCGACGGUGGCCGAAAAGGAUGAUCAGCAAAUACGUGGGCCCUCGCUACAUGCAGCUCUUGCGCAACUGGAUCCCCACUGCAGCCACGUGGGGCACAGUGGGUGCUGUCGGGCUGGUUUGGGCCACAGACUGGAGGCUGUUCCUAGACUAUGUUCCCUACAUCAAUGGCAAGUUUAAAAAGGAUGACUGAGCAGCGGCUGCCCUUACAAGAGGGCCAGCUGUUUAGUCUGUGAAACGUCAAACUCCACUGGACGCUGACCUCCUAGGAAAGACACUUUGAUGGAAUGAUGCAGUGAGAUGCGCUGCGAACAAAUAAAACCUCGUUUAACUCA